AUGUCCGCUCCGCAAAUCCCCAAUCUUCACACUCUCCGUAGAGGUGUCGGCCGCAGAGGCGGUAGAGGUAGAGGGGUUGCAUCUGGGGUAGCAGAAAGCAAUAAUGAGACCAACCAAACGAGAAAAGAUGCAAUAGUCCAGAGUACGGACACCGAUGCAGCGACCAGCAGGUUGAGUGCUGUCGAAGCUGGCUACCUUGACGAUCCAUUUGCCAAAUUGCUUACUCACGGUGGCAAUGUCGACAGAAGGCUUCCGCUGAUGAAUAGAGGUACAUACGUUCGUACCGUCGCCAUUGAUCGCCUCGUCGAUGAGUUUCUACGGUCAACCCGGAAAUGCGCCAGACAGAUCAUCUCGCUUGGUGCUGGUAGUGACAGCCGCUUCUUUCGACUGAAGACCAAGUACCCGGAUAUUUGUCUCAGCUACCAUGAGUUUGAUUUUCCUACGAAUACGGCUGCCAAAAUUCAUCAAAUGCAGACUCCAUCAUUUGCGCAUAGCUUGAAAGGACUAUGUAACAUGGACUUACCCUCAAGCAGCACGUCGCUAUCGAACGACGGUGCUCAGAAUGACUCGUUUCAAUUGCAAGCCGACUCUUGCCACUAUCAUCUUCAUCCUCUAGAUUUACGGACUCUGACAAAUCCAAAACGCAAUCAAGACCAAAUCAACUUAUCUGGACUUGGCAUCUCUCUCGACGUUCCCACAUUGUUGCUGUCGGAGUGCUGUCUGAUUUACCUCCCUCCUGAAGAUGCGGAUUCAGUGCUCUCAUACUUCACCUCGGCAUUCCACCCAGCGAUACCCGUUGCCGUAGUCAUCUAUGAGCCAAUACGUCCGCAUGACGCAUUUGGGCGAACCAUGGUCUCAAACUUGACCGCAAGAGGCAUCCAUCUGCAAACGCUCCAUGCACAUGAUUCGUUGGCGGCACAGAAGGAAAGGCUAGGGAAGCAUGGAUUGGGAAGCAUGGCAGGCAAAGAGACUGGGGGCGCAGAGGCUGCAGAUAUCGACUUUAUAUGGCAAACAUGGAUAGAAGAGGCUGAGAAGGGGAGAGUGGAAGGGCUGGAAUGGAUGGACGAGGUUGAGGAAUGGCGAUUGCUGGCCCGACAUUAUUGUGUCGCUUGGGGAUGGAGAGAAACUUCGGAUAAUGUUAUCGACUCUGUCUUUGAGCCAUGGGCUCAGCUGCCAAUGCAAGAUGAAGGAGCGUGA